AGUGCGCUCUGUAGUUUCCCUGCCAAUCCUGUAGGUGGCGAUAAUUGAGUUUCUUUCUAUACACUCAGAGCAUAGAAGAAGUAUGGCAUCUGUAGGAGAGUGAUGUUUACUACAGUGUUUUAAAUUAAAUCGUUUAGAAGCCUUUAGUUAUACGAUUUUGUUGACAAGCAGCGAUCUUAGUCUUGCAAAUACAUUCUAUAUUCAGACUGACCGAGCGGCCACGAUGAGAAUUUAUCAUUCUUUACUCAAUGCUACCAAGUUUAGGAGAGUGUUUGACUUUGGUGAGCGAGAGGUGGCGCAUUGGUUCCCUGGACAUAUGGCUAAAGGACUCAAGCAGAUGAGAGCCAAUCUAAGGAAGGUUGAUUGCAUUAUAGAGAUCCAUGAUGCUAGAAUACCCUUUUCUGGAAGAAAUCCUUCUUUUCAAGAAAGCCUUGAUGUCCGGCCACAUUUACUUGUACUGAACAAGAUAGAUCUGGCAGACACAUCCAAAAAUCAGAGCAUUGUGAAGCGGCUUGAGAGAGAAGGUGUGAGGAAUGUUUUAUUCACAGACUGCUUACGACAGCGAGAUGAGAACGUCAAAAAGAUCGUUCCUCUCGUGACAGAGUUGAUAGAAAGUGGGUCACGUUUUCACAGAGAAGAGGACAGAAGUUACUGUUUGAUGGUCAUUGGUGUGCCAAAUGUGGGGAAAUCAUCGCUGAUUAAUGCUGUAAGAAGAACAUAUUUGAAAAAAGGCAAAGCCUCAAAAGUUGGAGGUGAACCAGGAAUUACAAAAGCUGUCCUGACCAAAAUUCAGGUCUGUGACAGACCCAUUAUUCAUUUACUGGACACCCCAGGAGUCCUUCCACCUAAAAUAGAGAACAUAGAGACUGGAAUGAAACUUGCGUUAUGUGGUACCAUUUUGGACCAUUUAGUUGGCGAGGAUAUCAUUGCAGAUUAUCUGCUUUUUUCACUCAACAGACUGGAAAGAUUUAGUUACGUUGAGAAGUACAAUCUCGAAGAGCCUUGCGAUGAUAUUCAGCAUGUGCUGAAGUGUAUAGCCGUAAAGCUCGGCAAGACAAAGCGUGUGAAAGCCAUCACUGGAGUUGGCAACAUCACUGUCCAAAUGCCAGACUACAGUGCAGCAGCCUACGAUUUCAUCAGAGCAUUCCGGAAAGGAGAACUUGGAAAAGUGAUGCUUGACUAGUUGUGUUUUAAAAGGCCGAUUUGUAACAGUUGCUGUGAAAGCUUGACUUUACUGUUUGUACGUUCAAGACUAGACACUGAGCACAUAAGAGAACCACUUAUUACUUUUAAUGUUUUAAUUAAAAGGUGGUGCACUGGGUAUUUUGGACAUUUCUUGUUUUUAUUGUGUAGUUAUCAUGACAGAGGUGCAUUGAAUGUAUUAUUGUUCAUUACUGCAAUCGAAGCAAAAAUAAAUUAUUCAUUUUAAUUUGAA